GUAAUCGAAUGUUUAUGUAGACACGAUUUAUUUCGAGGAUAAAUACUUUUGUUAUUUACAGUUUAUUUAAAAUUAUUUUUUAUAUUUAUUUAAGCGCAACAUUUAUUAGUGAAUGAGUUAGCGUUCAAUAAUCAAUUAUAUAUUUUUUUUAGUGUAUUAAUUAAUUAUUAGUGUAAUCAUGAAGACUUUAAUCGACUUCGAUGAAUGUCUUCGAGAUACUCCAAAAUUUCGAUCGUGUAUUGAAAAUGUCGAAGGAAAUAUAGAUCAGCUGGAGCAAAAAUUAGAUAAGGUUUUAAAAUAUUGUAAUUUAAUGAUCGAUGCUGGGAAAACGUUUGUCGGCCAACAGAACCAAUUUACCAACAGCCUGUGGGAAUUAUCACAGUACUUCAGCGAUGAUGAAAAAGUCAUGAGUUUUUUAAAUAAACUAAUCCACGCAUUGCAAGAAAUGAAUAAAUUCCACUCAAUUCUCUUGGAUCAGGCAUCGAGGACAGUCGUCAGAGACCUCAGUGCUUUUAUAAAAAGUGACGUCAAAAAAGCCAAAGAAUCUCGUCAUUACUUCGAAAAAAUAUCAAACGAUCUUGACAUCGCAUUGAAUCGCAACUCCCAAGUCCCUAAAACCCGACCAGCAGAAUACGAAGAAGUGUCAAAUAUUUUAUCAGCAACCCGGUCGUGUUUCCGUCACACGUCAUUAGAUUACGUCCACGCACUGACGAUGUUACAAGCUCGUCGCCGUCACGAAAUCCUCGGGUCAUUACUGAGUUAUAUGCACGCAUGCUUCACUUAUUACCACCAAGGCUCCGAUUUGGCUCAAGAUCUCGACUCAUUUCUCAAGGAACUGAGCGACGACCUCGUGGUGAUGCGCCUGGAGUCAACGAAACUCGAAAAAGAAAUGGAGAAUCGUCAUGUCUACGUUACAAGUCGCGAUCUGAUACCUUCAGCAACCGACAAUAAUAAACGAAUGGAAGGUUAUUUAUUUAAGCGAACAAGUAACGCCUUCAAAACAUGGAACCGUCGGUGGUUCUGCCUCAAAGAUCACCAGCUGGUUUACAAAAAACGUACCGGCGACGACGACUAUACUGUCAUGGAAGACGACCUGCGUCUCUGCACCGUGAAAUCAAUCGUCGAUUGCGAUCGCCGGAACUGUUUUGAAGUUUUGAGUCCAACGAAAAGUCAUAUCCUGCAGGCUGACAGCGAGGAAAUGUACUUGGCCUGGGUCACGUCAAUGCAGCAAGCGAUCGGUGCUGCCAUUCAACGAGGUACUAGUUCCUACACUCUGAAAAACGUCAGCAAAUCCACGGAAUUCAAACGCAACAAUUUACGCGGGCCUGUAAGACCUCCAGCGAAACCGCGGACUCGUGUAUGGGAGCAGUUGCUAAAGAUACCAGGUAACGACACCUGCUGCGACUGCGGUAACCCGGAUCCCAAGUGGGCGAGUAUUAAUCUGGGAAUUACUCUCUGCAUUGAGUGCUCCGGGAUCCAUCGCAGCCUGGGUGUCCACUACAGCAAAGUCCGUUCUCUGACUCUGGAUGAUUGGGAGCCGGAAAUACUCAAAGUCAUGGCCGAGUUAGGCAACAAUGUUGUCAACAAUGUCUACGAAGCUGUGAAACCUUGCGGGGAUAUCACGAAAGCGACACCGAAGUGCAUCAAUAGCAUUCGCGAAGCCUGGAUCAAAGCUAAGUACGUCGACAGAAAAUUUGUCAAGCCAUUUAAUAAUAAUUUGAUGGUUUCUACUGAUGGUCAGCAGCAACACAGUCGUGAUAUCAUGAGAUUCCGCAAGUGGAGCGUAAGAAAAUUGAGGCGGAGACCUAGAAGUCAUCAUAAGAUCGAUGGGAAAAAUAAAAUUUUUAAUAGGGAAGGAAUCAAUGAGGUCGUAGAUGAAAGUAUUGCUGAUUGUGUCACUGGUACGUCUGCUGAAGUGAUGAGUGAGUCGGAGGCGAGUUCAAUAAGUUCGGAUACCGGGACUGUGGAGUUGAAGAACACGUCGACUUUGUAUGGGAAAAUACUGACGAAUUUGCAGAGUGAUGACAGAGAUGCGGAGGUGGAUAAAAUUUUUGCAGAGGAUAAGGAGGAGAAAGACCGAGUGGUGGUGGGUGACAAGGAGGUAGAGGACGAGGUCAAGGAUGAGGAGUCGGAUAUACUGAUGUUUGGGUGCGAUUUGCCUAAGCCUUUCAUUGAAAGUAAUUUAGAGCUCAGUUCAGAUCAGGAUUCCACGGCUGGGGAGGAAGAGGAGUUUGCUGAUGAAGAAGACAUUGAAAACUUGCAUGCUGAUAUGCUGCUGUACAAAGCUGCGGCUGCGCACAAUUUACCGGUCAUGUGCACGGCGUUGGCUGCCGGGGCGGACAAAAUGUGGUGCAAUGUCAAUGAUCGAGGAAGGACUGCGUUACACCAGGCGAUUAUUAGUGGAUCCGUCAUGUCGUGUGAGUAUCUUAUUUUAAAUGGAGCCAAGAUAAAUUUCCAGGAUUCUGAGGGUAAAACGCCGCUUUAUUUGGCCACUGAAUUAGGUCAUACGGCUCAGGUGUGCUUGUUAUUAAAACACCGUGCGGAUCAACAUAUCGAAGAUGAAAGUGGGGUAAAACCACUGUCCAUUGCUGUGAAAGAAGCUAAUGCGGAUAUCGUAACCUUGUUAAGACUAGGAUUGUUAAAUGAAGAGAUGAAAGACUCGGAAAUCGGUAUUACUGGUGAUGAAACAUUCAAUGAUGUCGUUCGUGAUUUCAGUCAGUUGGCUUGCUCUCAUCCCGAACGUCUGCAUCGACGUAACGAAUCGACGAAUAUUCAAAAUACACCUGAAUAAUCAUGUAUUAUUAUUUUUUUUUGUUUUUUAAUUUACUUCAUUCCAUGUACUUCCAGCUUUAGUUGUUUAAUUUAUUUAAACAAAAAACAAUUGAGUACAAUAACAAGCUUUAUAUUAAAUACAAUGGAAGCUCUCUAACUUUGACAGGGGCUAGAAAUUACGAAAUCAAAAUUUUAAAAUACGCGGCAGUAGACUUCUUAUUUUUUUGUAAGAAAUGGGGGAGUUGGCGGGUGUAGAAGUUACAGAUUCCACUGUAAUGUAUAAAAGUAUAAUUAUUUAUUUUAAUAUCAACUUUUUUAUAUUAUUAUAUAUAUAUGUAUAAAUAUUACAAGUGUGCGAACUGACUAAUUUGAAAAAUUUCCAAUUAUUUGCAACUUCAAACUCGAUUCGAAUCGAGAAAAUUCUGAUCAGUAUUCAAAUACUAAAUUUUUAUUUAAUCGAAUAGCAGAUGGAUUUGUGACAUCAAUAAGAUGUCACUUUUUGUGCUGUGUUUUGACCUGAACAGAAUACUAAAAUAAUGACAAUUCAGAAAAUGUUAUCAAAAAAUAUCUAAUUAAAAACUUGACACAAAUGACAACAAAAAGUAAACUUCAAAUAAACGUCAAAUAAGUUGUCAUCUGAAUGAUUUUUAAAUUGAAAUUACUUUGGGACAAAAAAAAGUUGAUAAUUUUCCUAUGAUUUCUUAGACCAGCAUCUGGAUGUCAUAUUUACAUAAAAAAAUUUAGCUUUGAUAGAAAAAAAAACGGUCAUUCUUUUAAAAGACAUCUUUGUCUCUGUGUUACUUAGGAAUCAAAACUUAGUUUUUAGAAUUCAUGAAAAUUUUUUUGUAAAUUCAAACCCGAGCUCUUUUUACUUCUGACUAAAAUUUGAAUUAUGGGAAAGACAAUUUUAAGUCAUUAGAAAAAAUUUUUUGAGUUUGUGAAUUUUAAAAUAAUUUGAAAAGUUUCGAA